UGUGUGUGUGUGUGUGUUGGAGCAGUCGGGAGAGACAUGGCGGCGGACCCGAAGCCGGACUGGCUCUCCUGCCUUCCCUCUUCCUGGAGUUACGGCGUGACCCGGGACGGACGCAUCUUCUUCAUCAACGAGGAGGCGAAGAGUACGACCUGGCUGCAUCCGGUCACCGGGGAGGCGGUGAUCACCGGACACCGGAAAACUCCAGAUUUACCGACGGGAUGGGAGGAAGGCUACACGUUCGAGGGCGCUCGCUGCUUCAUCAACCACAAUGAGCGGAAGGUGACCUGCAAGCACCCGGUGUCCGGCGUCCCGUCCCAGGACAACUGCAUCUUCGUGGUCAACGAGCAUGCGACUUGUGGAAAGCUUGUCCACCCCGACAAACCGGUAGAGGACCUCAGCAGGCCGGCUCCUAAGGCUUCCUCUGAGCAAGGCAGCGGCAGCGACAAGAAGGAGCGGCCCAUGAGCACCAUGAGCGAGGCGUCCAACUACACCGGCGGCUCCGACUACAGCACCUUCCCCGGCAGCCCGUCCCCCGCCGGCCCCGCCGCCACCGCCACCUCCACCGCCGCCUCGUCCUCCUCAUCCACACGGGUCAGUCCAGCCAGCUGCAGCGUGCCGUCCAGGUCUUCCAAGAAGGUCCACAACUUCGGCAAGAGGUCCAACUCCAUCAAGAGGAACCCCAACGCCCCGGUGGUGAAGAGCAGCUGGCUGUACAAGCAGGACAGCACGGGCAUGAAGCUGUGGAAGAAGAGAUGGUUCGUUCUGUCAGACAUGUGCCUGUUCUACUACCGAGAUGAGAAGGAGGACACCGUCCUGGGGAGCAUCCUGCUGCCCAGCUUCCACAUCUCCAUGCUGUCGGUGGACGACCACAUCAGCAGGAAGUACGCCUUCAAGGCCACCCACCCCAACAUGCGGACGUACUACUUCUGCACGGACACGUCCAAAGAGAUGGAGUCGUGGAUGAAGGUGAUGACGGACGCCGCCCUGGUCCACAGCGAGCCCGUCAGACGGCUGGACAAGUUGAAAGCGGAGCAGCGGACGCCGCAGGAGCUGAACAACCUGCUGAACCACCGAGUCCUCACCCGGCCCGAGAUCCAGAACAACGAGCGCAACCGGGAGCCGCGGCAGCACUCGCUGUCCCGGGCGGACGAGCGGCGGCCCAAGGACGGCGGCCGGGAGCGCGAGUACUACACCCUGCAGCGGGACGGGGACAGGUACUCGCUGAAGAAGGACGGCGUCAGCUACCUGCUGCAGAGGGACGGCGAGCGCUACCUGCUGCACAAGGACGGCGAGAAGUACCUGCUGAGGAGGGACGGGGACAAGUACUCCCUGCAGAGGGACGGAGACGUGCCGGCCGUCCACCGGGACCUGGAGAAGUACGCCGUCCAGAAGGCGGACGACAAGUACAGCGUGGCGCCGGCCGAGGAGAAGUACGCCCCGGCCAAGGACGGAGAGAAGUACCUGCUGACCAAGGACGGCGAGAAGUACGCUCUGCAGAAGGUGGGCGACCGCCACACGCUGCAGAGGGACGUCCACAAGUACGUCUCCCACAAGGAGGUGAGGAGGCAGCUGUCCCUGAAGGAGACGGACAGGUUCGGCGCCCUGAGGGACUCCGACAAGUACGGCACCAUCCACGUGGUGGACCGGUACGGCGCGGUGAAGGAGGUGAAGAAGUACAGCACGCUGCGCGAAGGCAGCAAGUACGCCGCCAUGAGGGACGCCGAGAAGUACGCCACGCUGCGGGACGGGGACCGCUACGGCUUCCCGAGGGACGGCGGCGCCGAGCGGGCCCUCACCAAGAUCAGCAGCAUCAAGCUGCAGCCGGCGCAGGCCGCCGCCAUCGCCGCCGCCGUGUCGGCGUCGCGCCAGGCCGGCGCCGGCGCCCCCAAACCCGCCCAGGUCAACGGCUCGGGGACGGCGGAGCAGCACGGGGAUGGCAGCGCAUCAGAGGUGGCGGACAACAGCCUGGUCCGGGUCCCGGUGAAGUCUCCGGCUCCGGCUCCGGCUCCGGCUCCGGCUCUGGGUCCAGCUCCGGGUCCGGCUCCGGGUCCGAGUCCGGAGGCGGAGCGUGGCGGUCUGUCCAGGACCAGCUCCAUGCAGCAGCUGGAGCACUGGGUCCGCUCGCAGAGGACCAGGGGCCUGGACGACGACACCCGGAGCAUCACCUCCUACCAGACGUUGCCCCGGAACAUGCCCAGCCACCGCGCCCCCAUGGUUCCCCGGUACCCCGAGGGCUACCGCACGCUGCCCCGCAACGGCGUGCUGCGGCCCGACAGCGUGUGCGGCGCGGCGGGCUCGCCGUACGACCGGGCGCUGCGGCCCGCCUCCACCUCCGCCGCCGUCAGCUCGGCCGAGAAGCGGCGCUCCAUGAGGGACGACACCAUGUGGCAGCUGUACGAGUGGCAGCAGAGGCAGGCCUUCUCCCGGCAGAGCCUGGCUCCGCCCACAGCUGCAGGGCAUUAUGGGACGCUGCCCAGCACCAAGACCAUGGGGAACAUCUCGGAGCACGCCGUGGUGCACUCCAUCCCCGCCUCGCCGUCGCACGGCGCCCUGGCGCUCUACAGCACCCUGCCGGCCCGCCAGCAGCAGCAGCAGCAGCAGCAGGGCGCCGCCAGCUCCCACUCCGAGGUGUCCUCGCCCGUCUUCAGGGGCGACUCCACGCUGGACCGCCGGCACCGGGCGCACCUCGCCAAGUACGGCUACCCCUCCGAGCGCCGGUCCGUGGCGGCGCCGGCCCCCCCUCAGACCAUCACCCCCCAGUCGCUGCAGGACAAGACGCCCGAGGAGCUGACGCUGCUGCUCAUCAAGCUCCGCCGCCAGCAGGCGGAGCUCAACAGUCUGCGGGAACACACAGUAGCUCAGCUCAUGGCCCUGGGGCUGGAGGGGCCCAACGCCAAGGUCCCGGCGGACGACUUUAAAGACGUUCCAGCGGCGCCGCGGCCGGAGGAGGCGGACAUCGACACCAAGCUGAGCAGGCUGUGUGAGCAGGACAAGGCGGUGCGGAUGCAGGAGGAGAAGCUGCAGCAGCUGCACAGAGAGAAGCACACCCUGGAGACGGCGCUGCUGUCGGCCAGCCAGGAGCUGAGCGAGCAGAGCGGCUGCAGCAGCGCCGCCACGCAGAGCCUGGUCCAGCAGAGGGACGUCCUGCAGAGCGGCCUGCUGAGCACCUGCAGGGAGCUGAGCCGGGUGGCCGCUGAGGUGGAGCGCUCCUGGAGGGACUACGACCGGCUGGAGGCUGACGUGACUCUGGCCAAGGCCGACCUGCUGGAGCAGCUGGAGGCGCUGGGCAGCCCGCAGACAGAGCCCCCCAGCCAGCGGCACAUCCAGAUCCAGAAGGAGCUGUGGAGGAUCCAGGACGUGAUGGAGGCUCUGAGCAAGAACAGACCGGCCCGGAGCUCCGACUGCAGCUUCCCCGGCUCCAAGCCUCUCUCCAGCCAGCAGAAGAACGAGGCGGCGGCGCUGCUCCCGCUCGGCCCCCCCGAGGAGGGCGGCCCCGCGCCCCCCCGCCCGCCCCUCCCCCAGUACUACGACUCGGCCGAGGCCCCCCCCCCCCGCCCCCCCCACCACCCCCACCCCGGAGCCCGGCUGCCCCCCCACACCCACCGGCCCGACGAGCGCAAGGCCGGCCCCCGCAACGGAGCGCACAGCCAAGCCCCAGACUACCGGCUGUACAAGAGCGAGCCCGAGCUGACCACGGUGAAGGAGGAGGUGGACGAGGCCAACAACGAGGACAAGGACAGGACGGACGGCUCGGCCGAGAGCAAAGACCAAGCCAGCGCCAAAGCACCCCCGUACCCGGUGGGCAUCGUCCCCCCCAGGACCAAAUCCCCCAUGGGCCCCCCGGAGUCCUCCACCAUCGCCUCCUACGUCACCCUGAGGAAGACCAAGAAGCCCGAAGCCAGAUCGGACCGGCCCCGCAGCGCCGUGGACCAGCUGGGCUUCGGGGACCGGGAGGUGGGCCGGACCAGGAUGAGCGUGGAGGAGCAGCUGGAGAGGAUCCGGAGGAACCAGGAGGCCUCGUCGCUCCGCGAGAAGAGGAGGGAGACGCCGUCCCGCUCGCCGUCCUUCAGCCGGGACAACCCCGUCCCCGUGUCCGUCCCCGUCCCCGUCCCGGCGCCGCAGGGCCGCAGCCAGGCGGACGGGGCCUGCGCCGACCCGCUGGAGCUGGAGGCGGCGCUGCAGCAGCUGAAGGAGCAGAGCCGGGACCAGGACCGGGACCAGGACCGGGACCAGGACCGGGACCAGGACCGGGACCGGGACCAGGACCGGGACCAGGCAGCUGACACAAACCAGGAGGUGCAGCGGGUCCAGGAGGUGCAGCGGGUCCAGGAGGUGCAGCGGGUCCAGGAGGUGCAGCGGGUCCAGGAGGCGGGGCAGAGCUGUGGUGAAGACGCCCUGCAGGAGGAGGAGGUCCAGCAGGACCAGACCGACUCCAGGAACCACCAGAGGGUGGUGGUCCUGGACCUGGGCUCGGAGCCCCAGCAGGUGGAAAUCGUCGACUUUCAGCCGUUCGAGGACGACGAAGCUCGAGAACCGGAUCUGACCAGUUCCCCAACCAACACCACCACGGAGAACAGCAGCUUCCAGACCCCUGAACCCGAGACCCCCGAACCCCAGACCCCGAGUCCGGAGCCCAGAGACGAGGACUCCACCCGGAGGGGGCGGAGCCUGGAGAGGAGCCUGGAGUCGUACCGACAGCUGGCCGGGGACGACAAGAAGCUCAACAACAACAACAACAACCUGCUGCCGUCGCAGACGUUCACCUUGGUGAGCAGCGACACGUGAGCCUCGCCGCCGCCGCCGCCCCGAAGCCCUGAUGUAGCCGGCCCUCACUGAGCAUGCUCCACGGCUUCCCGCCUUUCUGACACCGCCGCCGCACGCCACGCCGGAUAGCCAGGGGGACGGGGGACGGGGGGACAGGAGCCCCGCCCCCCCAGCUGGACCACACCUCUGAGGCCCAGCAGCCCUCCUGCCCGGAGACGGCGGUGGAACGGCUCGACUCCAGAGGACCUGCUGCUGCCUCCAGCGCAGCGUAACCUGGAGAUCAUGUGUUAAUGCAGCCGAACCGUUUCACCGUCCUCACUCACUCACACACACACACACACACACACACACACACACACACACACACACACACACACACACACACACACACACGCCGCUUGGACCUGGAGCAGUCUCCAGGUGUGUCUGGGUGCUGGAGGACAGUGUACAGCUGUAUAUAGAAGCGCUGGAGGCGUCUGAUAGGCUGAGCACCGAACACACACACACACACACACAUGCAGUGCUUUACUUUCACCCCAAAGUGACCGCUGACCUUCUGUUGACCUUCAGUCCUUGGUGACGGGGGUCGGUGUGGAUCUGCGUCUGGACCGGCCCCCAGGCGGUCCGCCGCUGACCCCCUCCCUCCGGACCCGCCUCUGGAUCUCACUGCUCAUUCACGCGGAGCCGAGCGCCUCGUUCAGCCUCUCCUGAGCCGGCGGCCGGGCGGCCGGGCGGCCGAGGCGGGGGGGCUGGAGAAUAGCACAUGUACGAAGCAAUAAGUGGGACGUGGAGCUCCGGGACGAAGCAGACGUGUAGAGACACCUGUACAAACUUUAAAAACAAGCAGAAGGAUAUAAAACACACCUUAAAGCAGAUCGCAUAAUUUAUGUACACACUGAAAAGAGAGUGAAUAUUAUAACUAUAAGAGGUUAUUAUUAAUAUUAUUAGGGUCAAUAUGCAAAAGGUUCAUACCCCAUCUGUUUUAUACCAUGUGAAAUAAAUGUUGACGUUCUUAA